UUCACCUGCUCCUGUCCGCGCGUGCGCGCUGAGAGACCAGGCUAACGGGGAGUGUGUGUGUGUGUGUGUGUGUGUGUGUUUAUUCCCGCACAGUCGCUCACACUGCAGGUCGCGCUCGUGCCUGGUGCGGAGAACACUAACGGAGGAGGAGGAGGAGGAGGAGUGAUGAUGCUGAUGAUGAUGAUGAUGAUGAAGGCGGUGAUGUCGGAGCGCUGUAGAGGAUGAAGGAUGGUCCCGGUGCUGUCGCAUGGCCCGACCGACAAGCCUUGGCUCUGUGCUGGAGCGGGAGGCGCGCGGGGCGGCGGAUGCGCGCGGGGCGGCGGAGGCGCGGGAGCUGUCCCUGGAGGAGGUGCUGAGAUCCUACGAGCAGCCGCUGAACGAGGAGCAGGCCUGGGCCGUGUGCUACCAGUGCUGCAGGACCCGGCACCGGCACCGCGCCAAGGGGCCCGACUCCAUCCUCCUGCACCGGGACGGAACCGUCACCCUGCGGCCCGACACGCGCACCUGCACCGCUGAUGAAGAAGCUCCAGCUGCUCCAGCUGUCCAGGAGAGCCAGUUGGUCCAUUCCAUGGGCGUGGCCAUCUACCGUGCCCUGGACUGGGGACUGGCCGACAGCGAGGAGCGUGAGCUGAGCCCGCAGCUGGAGCAGCUGAUCGAGCGCAUGGUGGCGGCCGAGGACGACGAGUCUGCGGAGUGUAUCGGGAACACCACCAGGGAUGAAGGUUACAGCGGCCCAGAGGAUGAGGAUGACGAGGAGGAGGCGGGAGGCAUGCACGCAGUGCACACACUUCGACAGGUGAUGGCGCUGUGUGCCAGGAGACUGGCUAACCCGGCUUUGGCUCCUGAGCACUACCAGGCCGUGUGUAGAGCGCUCUUCCUCGAGACUCUGGAGCUUCAGACUUUCCUCUGCAGGAUCAGAGAUGCCAAGGAGAUGUUGAGGAGGAUCGGGACAGAGGAGUCUCUGGAGGAACGCUGUGCUGCUGAACUGGACAACCUCAAACACACUGACUGGGCUCGGCUGUGGGUGCAGUUAAUGCGGGAGCUCAGGCAGGGGGUGAAGCUGAAGAAGGUGGAGCAGCAGCCGUUCGAUCCUCUACCCACUGAGUUCAGCCUCACUCCGUUCGAGAUGCUCAUGCAGGACAUCCGGUCUCGCAGAUACACACUGCGCAAAGUGAUGGUGGAUGGAGACAUUCCCACUCGAGUCAAACAAAACGCUCAUGAACUCAUCCUGGAUUUUAUUAGAUCCAGACCUCCACUUAAACCUGUGUCCGAGCGCAGUCUCCCGCCGCGGCCGCAGGAGCAGCAGUCUCUUCACGAGCGCGUGUUAGCUGAAAUCCGCCAGGAACACAAACUGCGGCCGGUGGAGAGGCGGAGCUCCAAGAGACCGUUUGGUUCUCUACCCUGUCUGGCCCACUCCUGUCACUGUGACCUCAAAUCCACUUCCUGUAUUGACCUGUCAAUCACUGAAGGUGGGCUCCGCCCCUUUUCACGACCUCGUGUGCUGCUCAAAGCCCCCACACUCGCUGAAAUGGAGGAGAUGAACCUGUUCGAGGACGAGGAAUCUCCUGAUGGUGGUGAGUGUGUGGAGAGUAUGAUGAAGCGUGAUCGUUCCUUCUCGGAGCAUGACCUGGCGGAGCUGCUGCAGAGCGAGGCGAAUGAACCGUGCACCUCAGUGUGUGUGCGUGGAGAAAGACCACGUUCAUACACACACACUGGAACCACACGCACACGCCCACACCGAGCUUCAUUUCCUGUGAUCGGCUCGUCUCCUGCGUCUUCUGCCUGUCGCACUCUCAGUGAGGUGGAGGAGAUCAGUGAGGCUUCAGCACCGGCGAAAAGCCUCAGCACCAACCAGUGGAUGGAGGAGUUCAGCCACCCGGUGGAGAGUUUGGCGUUAACCCUUGAUGAGGUCAUCAGCGUGCGCCGUGUGCUGGUGAAGGCCGAGAUGGAGAAGUUCCUCCAGAGUAAAGAGCUUUAUAACAACCUGAGGAAGGGCAAGGUGUGCUGCUGCUGUAUGGUAAAGUUUCCUCUGUUCUCUUGGCCUUCUACGUGUCUGCUGUGUAAAAGGUCGGUGUGUGGCUCAUGUAGUGCAAAGAUGAAAAUGCCGUCUAAGAAGUUAGCACACAUCCCUGUGUAUGCCGUUGGCUUUCAUAGCAGCCCGCGGAGCCACAGCCAGCGGAGUGACGUCUACAAGUCUCUGCGCUCGUUGUCCCGCCGCGCCGUCGAAGAUGAGUUCCCGUACCUCUAUGUCGCAGGCUGCACUCUGAGAGACGUCUGUGCCGAAUGCACCAAGUUCGUCGCCAAUGUCGUUUCUUCCAGCCGCCGCAGCCUCGACAUUAUAAACAACACACCUAAGAGAGGGAAGCCACGCCCUCGCCCUGCCUCUCUUCACAACCCCAUGCCUCCAAGGGGUGGAGUCAACUAGGACAGUGACUGAAAGAGCGAGUGGGCUGUGUUGCUCGCUGGGCUGCUUCUCUUUAGACACACCGCCCAGACUGUUGGCCCCGCCUUGGAGUCAGUGAUGUCAGUGACUUUGACCACUAUAUUCCUGUUUUCAUGGAAUGACCUUUGACCCUUUUCUGUUCUGAGUGGUCCCCGUCCCCUGAGUUGGCGAUUAUUAUUAUUAUUAUUAUUAUUAUUAUUUAUUCCUGAAGUCCUGCCCCCUUAAAGCAAUCCGUGAUGUAUGUCUGGUUUCUAGUCAUGCCCUGAAUUUAACCAGGUGUGUGUUAGUAUUGCUCCGCCCACACAGGGACAAGGCACCACCAUAUUACUGCCUCAGCAUUGUGACUUUUGACCCUUGUGGUACCAGGAUACAACAGCUGUGUCCCAGGACUGGCUGCUCAGCAGUGUUUUGCUUACCAGCGCCCGUAUACAUGACCUGACACGCCCUUAGCGUGCAGCACUCCGCCUUCAUAUGGAACAUGGAGCACCAUACUCCUGCAUUUUGCCUCGUUUAACUCUUCAGCCCGACCCCAACACAAUAUUAUAAGAUUGCUCCGCCCACACAAGAACACGCACCUCUACAGUAUAUUCGUGCCUCAGCUUUUUGACCUCUGACCCUGAGUAAUGCUCACCCUUUCAGUUGGACGCACCUCUUUAAGCCACGCCCUUGAAGUAAUUAAUUAAUAAAAUUAACAUCAGCAUUUUCCUGCCUGGCCUAAUUAGGACAUGCUCUGUAAGAGAAGCAGGAAGUGGAAAAAGCAUGUUAAUUGCCUCAAUUUACCUCGAAUGUAGUGCAUACUUCACUAAUAAGUCAGACACGCCCUUCCCAGCUGAUAAGGCCACAAGCCAAAUCGUAUGCUGAAGUGCACGAUGAAGUGUGCUAUAAAGUGGACUCAAAUGCUUGAAGCUGCUCUGUAGCGCAGGACCGAUGGUCUGAAAUCACCUGAAUGCCGUUUAAUCCUUCUAUCCUGCUGAAAUGCAAUCAGAAAAACAAGACCCCGCACGGAACCUGAAAAUACUGCAGUAUGUUAUUGAAAUCUUCCGAGCUCGGACGCGAGUUCAUUGCACUAUGUAGUGACUGAAUGUAUCAGGGAUUGAAGCCUGUUUGAGAAUGUUCGAGAGACACUGUACAGCCAUUAACACCAUCUCCACCAACGUUCAUCUCCGUAUUAGAGCCUUAGACAGAGCGCUGACAAUGUCCAUACUGAAAAAUAGAAAAAGUUGCACAUGAAUAUUUUGUGUUCGAAAUAAAUAAUUGUUUAUUUGUAUUUUGCCGUUCAACACUGUUGCUAGGCAACUGGGAAACACAGACACUAAACAUGAGCUAGCUAAUGACAUACGUGAAUGAUUUAGAAUGUUAGCAACUUACCAUGAGUUCAGACCAAUGCCUGUGUGUGUGUGUGCGCGGACAAUAUGCAGACAGUCACUCCCGAUGUGUGUUUUUAAAGGCUUUUCUGAGAUAAGAUUUGUUUAAUCAAAUAUAGCAUGAGAAAGAGUAGGUAAUGCUAAAGUACCACCUGGAAAAUAACAUUAAACAUUAACAUCCCCUAACAAACCCUAGCACUGUGUUUAAUCGUGUUUGCUAAUGUCAUACAGUCGGGGAAUUAUGAUGAAUCUGGCUUUGUUUACCUUCCAGGAAUGCACAGGGUUAAAAUCGUACUGCAGUUAGCCACUAGCUAACGCUGUCACAAUGUCCACUCAUACACACACUCAUUGGUUAAGACUGUAAGGACGAGGUGGUGACAGAAACGACUGAAAAUGUCAACAUUUACCUCAGAUGUGUCGACAAAUUCCUAAGAAAGUCCUUCGUGCAGCUAAUAUCACCCUGUAAUUAUGCUUAGCAUCAACCGCUACCCCACAUUAUGUUGUUACAUAUAUAUAUAGCUCGUGAGCUAGGUUAGCUAGCCAGAUUUCUCCACAUACUGUACGCUAGCUUUGUGUUAGAUUAGACUGGUCAUGUGCUCUAGAUGAGUUAAUCAUCGAGUCGCCCGCGUAGCGUCAGAUUCUGCUAGAACACGUUGGUGAACUUUGAUUAGCCUGUUAGCUUUAAAUGUGUCGUUUUAAAAGAAAAAAAAAAAAUUCUCUUUCACCUGAAUAACAUCAUCAUUCUGCGGGUCACGUGACUCAGAUGUUUUUGUAGUACUUUUUAAGAAACAAACAGACACUUCAGAUUUUGUUUCUCCACAGAAACCAGAGAGUCCGUGGCGUUCGUCACGUUUUGGAAAUGAGUUCUGGAGAAAAUCAGCGCGAGUCCGUAGAGAUUCAGUAGUGUGCACUCUGUCUAUCUUGGGCCCUAAUAAGGAGAUAUAUGCCUCCACACACACUUACACACGCACACAGGCACACACAGGCGCGCGUACACACACACACACACACACAUGGCUGCAGCUGAAUUUUCCACUCAUGGUCUUAUGUGUUUUGCCUUUUUUUAUUUUUUGUAAAUGCUGCGUAUCUGCAAUAAAUCAGUUCUAAACUGUGUGUCUGUGUGUGUGUGUUUGUGUGUGUGUGUGUGUGUUUGACUGAGAGGUGAAACAGAGGUUACACGCGUCCUCUGUUAGCAUGACCCAGCUGUGUAAAGCGAGCAUCAGAUUUACACCACUGUUAGC